AUGGCUGGAGAUUCGCAACAGAGCAAUGGAAAAUCCUCCCGGUCGUUUCGCAAGGGCUACCAUAGAAGGGCACCACGCGCCUGUGACGAGUGUCGCCUGAGGAAGAUCAAAUGCGACGGAUCCCUGCCUUGCGGCCCCUGCAGCGUCUCUGAUGAUGUCUGUUCUUAUGAUCCUGGGACUAGACCGCGGGAGACCCCGACCCAGAGAAUUCGAAAGCUGGAGGCAUGUCUACGAGCAGCACGCACGUCCCUUGUGCGGCUCAAGGCCCAAAAUCAAAUCCUCGCCAAUACCGAUAUCGACUCGGUGCUCAACACGCUGGACAACUCGUACCCGGAACCAUCAGAGGAUGGUGACUCCAGUGCCGACGAAGACAAUGCCAGACAAACUCGCCUAGGCAGUAUGAUGGGUAGAGCCGGUCGCAUUGUUCCCCACUCGCCCACCCAAACCACCUUCUAUGGCUCGUAUUCCGGAUAUUCUUUUGUCCUGAAGACUCUGGAGCUGUUCCGGAGAAUGCCCGACAGCCCGGGCUUGACGAGCGAGACCCAGAACAUCACGACAGCCUUGUUCAAUGCACCGGUGCCGGAUGCUGAAGCCGGCACGCAAUAUUCCUCGCAGUUUCAAAGUCUUCCGAGUUUAUCUAUUACUCUUGGUCUUCUGGAGGUCGUCUUCACCAGAUGUAAUCCGUUGAUUCAAUUCAUCCAUGAGGCCGAUUUUCGAGACAUGGUAAAUCGGCUUUAUAGCGAAUCUGCCCUUCAAUUUGGUGCAUCAAGUCAUAACUUUAUGCCACUGUUCCACGGGGUCCUUGCAAUCGCAUUAUUGUCUGACGUGCGCUCUCGCAAAAAGCAUGGCUGCGAAGACAUUGUCAAUGAAGCUACGAGGCAUUUCCUUCUAGCUCGGAGGGAACUUGACGUUGCUCAGUGUGCUGAUCUCAUAUCAAUGCAGACAAUACUAUGUCUCAUCUAUUUUCUGGUUACAACCUCUCGUCUGACUUCCGCAUACACAUACCUUGGCAUAGCUUGUACUUCGGCUUUGAGGCUUGGCUUGCAUAAAGAUAUUGGCAAGGAUAUCCCGGUCACCGAAGUUCAGCAAGACGCCAGGCUCAGAAUAAUGCUUGCCGUCCUGCAAUUCGACACCUUGGUCAGCAUAGUACUGGAUUUACCCACUCGCAUCAAUCCUGAUUGCAUCGACCCCGGUGUCAUGACCUCUUUGAAGACAGACUUUGCCAAGAGAUCGGUCAAUGCCCGUGAUGGUGUCUCUGAGACUCACGCGAAGCUUCUGGCUUCAGGGAAGCACCUGGAAAUGUUGAGCCUAACAGCCACAGGCGUUCGAAGCAUAUUUAGCCAUGGCAAUCACAAGGGGAAGCGCACAAAAGACCUAAUCUUUGACAAUGUUGACUCCGUUAAUAUGAGAGGGGCGGAGGAUGCAUUCCGGAAAUGGGCCAGAGCCUUGUCUUGCUUGCCUCUUCUUCCCGAAAAGCUUGAGAUGUCGGCAAUCAUGAAAUUCGAACUGGAAAUGGCAUUCUAUUUCGGUCAAUUCGUCCUAUAUCAGCCAUUCCUGCAUUACCUCAUACAGAUGGCCGACGGCGUACCCAUCUCGAGAACUCAAUCGCAGCACGCACUAGCUUGCAUCAAAAUCGCAGCUACAACAAUCACUCGCUCCGAGGUGAUGCAUCAACGUGGCCUGCUGGCUCCCGCUUCUUGGAGUGUCAUCUACACGCUUUUUCUAGCAGUCAUGUGCCUCCUAUUUCUGAUCGCGACGCACAAUGGCACAUCCAGACCUAGCGAAGCGUGGAAGAAGGGAGAAUUGGGCAUCAAGCUUCUGGCGACUAUGCGUUGUUACGACAAUGGUGCAGUAAGGUGUCUGUGGGUUAUCAAGGUAAUAGGCUCGAUUUACGCUCCAUAA